AUGUGUCUCAUGUCUCAUAUCUCCUAUCUCAUGUCUCAUUUUGUGGUAGACGAGAAGGCGUCUUCGGAGUGGUCCUGGCGGACGCACUACACGGAGGCGUGCAAGCGCUUCAAGGUGGUCCCGGUCUCCUAUGUCGUGCAGCACUUGCAGGAAGACCACUUGUCCUUGGCGCACCGCGGACUUGGACCACAGGGCGCCAAAGCGCUGGCGGUCGCCCUGGCAACCAACACUUCAAUCCUCAGCCUCAACCUGCAAGAUAAUGGCUUGGAGGGAACGGGAGGAGCGGCCGUCGCCGACGUGCUGAAGGAGAAUUGUCACAUUACAGAGGUGAACAUGUCCGACAACCGUCUCGGGGACGGAGGCUGCCAGGCAGUGUCCUCCAUGCUGAAGGAGAACAAUAGCGUGCUUCAUCUGGACCUGUCAGGCAAUCGUCUUGGCGACCGGGCUGCGGAUCACCUGAGCCCCGCCCUGCUCCGCAACGCCACCCUGCGGCGUCUGGACCUGAGCCACAAUGCUCUGGGAGAGCCGGCAGGACUUACUCUGGGAGACGCUCUGUCUGAGAACACCGGCUUGCAAUGGUUGAGUCUGGCCUGGAACAGCAUCAGAGGAAGAGGAGCUGCCGUCUUGGCCAACGGGCUCGGGGGAAACUUCUUCCUAAGAAGUGUGGAUUUGUCUUAUAAUGGUUUUGGCAAGGAAGGAGCUCGGGCUUUAGGAAAAGCUCUUAAAGACAACAACGUCCUGGAGGAGCUAAACGCCAGUAACAACAGAAUUCCCCCUGAAGGAGCCGUCUACCUCGCCUGCGGCCUCAAAGUCAACAAGACCCUCCGAUGCCUGAACCUGGGUCGGAACCCCAUCCAGAGUGUCGGCUGUUACAGAAUCCUCAAGUCCAUCCAGGAGAACCCGGAUCCAGCUGUGGAGGAACUGAACUUUUACGACAUUGCGGUGAACCAGGAGUUUGAAGACCUAUUCAAGACUGUGAGAGACACGCACCCGGCGCUCACAGUCCACCAUGGCGGCAAGAUCGGCAUGUUCGGGAACACGCAAGUUUGAAACACUGUCAUUUCCUUUACAAAACCCAAAACCAGAGAAGUUGGCACGUUGUGUCAUUCGUAAAUUGCAAAUCCUUUUCAACUCAUAUUCAAUUGAAUAGACCACAAAGACAAGAUUUUUAUUUUCGAACCAAGAAACUUAUUUUUUUUUGCAAAUAAUCAUUAAUGUAGAAUUUAAUGGCAGCAACACAUUGCAAAAAAGUUGGCACAGGGGCAUUUUUACCACUGUGUUACAUGGCCUUUCCUUUUAACAACACUCAGUAAACAUUUGGGAACUGAGGAGACACAUUUUGUAACCUUUUCAGGUGGAAUUCUUUCCCAUUCUUGUUUGAUGUUGACGGAGAUAGAUAUUUUCCUAUAACCAUAUUUAAAAGUUAUUUAUUUUUUUUUGUCAUAUUUGAAAUAGCUAGUGUUCCAUCUUGUACUCUUUUUAUCUUUUCUUUAUCUCAUGACCGAUGGUACACUGUAGACUACCUUGAGCUUGGAAUGCAGAAGUAGCAAUACUUUUUUUUCUUAUCUCUGUCUGUCUCCAGCUGAGGAAAACAAUAGGCAUGUGUAUUCAUUCUGGGGGGUGGGGGCGAGCUACUUAAUGAAAAAAACAACACUUACGUAGGGGUUUUUCAGAUCAACUUAGGCGACGUAAAUUGAAUGUGUUGUUUUUUAGGUUGGUCUCUCCAAAGCUUUGGAAUAAAUUGCAAAAUACCUAUUCUAUCCUGGGUUAUUAUUUAAAAUCAGCUUAUGUGUCAUCUAAAGAACUUGGGAUUGACCAGCAACUUAAAUUCCCUCGAAGGAACAUCUGGUCCAGAACGCAACAAUGUACAGCUUAAGUUGUUCAACAUUUCGGGGUCUCCGUCAUAGUGUUUUAGGCUUCAUAUCGUGCCACACAUUUUCAAUGGGAGACAGAUCUGGACUACGGGCAGGCCUGUCUAGUACUUGCACUCUUUUACUACGAAGCCUCUCUCUUGUAACACAUGCAGAAUGUUGGCAUUGUCUUGCUGAAAUAAGCAGGGGCGUCCAUGAUAAUAAUGCUUGGAUGGCAACAUAUGUUGCUCCAAAACCUGUGUGUACCUUUCAGCGUAAUGGUGCCUUCACAGACGUGCAAGUUACCCAUGCAUUGGGCAAUAAUACGCCCCCAUACCAUCACACAUGCUGCCUUUUCAACUCUGGGCCUAUAACAAUAUUUUCCUCUUUGGUUCGGAGGACACGACGUCCACAUUUCCCCAAAAACAAUUUGAAAUGUUGACUCUUUAGACCACAGAACACUUUUCCACUUUGCAUCAGACCCAUCUUAGACGGGCUCGGUCCCAGCGAAGCCGGGGGAGCUUCUGGGUGUUGUUGAUAAAUGGCUUUCUGCUUUGCAUCGUGGAGUUUUAACUUGUAGCUACAAAUGGUAGUUACUGACAGGGGUUUUUCUGAAGUGUUCUAGGUUCCAACUUCACUGGUUUUGGGGUUUUGUAGAUGUUUCAUACAAAUGUGACUAAAAAACAUGGUCUGUGCAGAAUAAUAAAGCUGGCCAUAGCUUGACUCUGGAACAGAUGAAUUCCGUGAUGUCCUAGUUCCAUCCAUCCAUCCAUGUUCUACCGCUUAUUCUCUUCGGGGUGGUGGGGGGCGCUGGAGCCUAUCUCAGCUGCAUUCGGGCGGAAGGCGGGGUACACCCCAGACAAGUCACCACCUCAUUGCAGGGCCAACACAGAUAGACAGACAACAUUCACAUUCACAUACUAGGGACUAUUUAGUGUUGCCAAUCAACCUAUCCCCAGGUGCAUGUCUUUGGAGGUGGGAGGAAGCCGGAGUACCCAGAGGGAACCCACGCAGUCACGGGGAGAAUAUGCAAACUCCACACAGAAAGAUCCCGAGCCCGGGAUUGAACCCAAGACUACUCAGGACCUUCGUAUUGUGAGGCACAUGCACUAACCCCUGUACCACCGUGCUGCCCUGCAAUA